UUUCAACUUAAGUAGCAUCAAACAUGAUCUCUCAGGCUUUUAUCUUGGCUGCCUUGGCAGUAGCUGCUUUCGCCAGCUUGCAUCAAGAACCUAUUCACCAUCCUCAGCCUUUCAAGUUUGGUUAUAGCGUUAAAGACAAGCACGGAGAACAGCACCGAGAAGAAGUUGGUGACGGCAAGAACGUGAAGGGAAGCUACGGAUUCACCGACGCCAGGGGAAUCAAUCGACAGGUCAACUACGUUGCCGAUCAUGCUGGAUUCAGGGCACAGGUCAAGACCAACGAACCCGGAACCGCCAACCAGAACCCCGCAGCAGUCCACAUUAUCUCUGAUGCUCCCUAUGGACACGGAGGAUAUGCUGCUGCUCCCGUGCUUGGAUAUUCUGGAGUUGUCGACGCAGGAUUAGGGUAUGCUAGAAUUGGAGGCGAAGGAUAUGGAUAUGCUGGUGUUCGACCUGACGGAUUGGGAUACGGAUAUGCUGGUGUUCGACGUGACGGAUUGGGAUACGGAUAUGCUGGUGUUCGACCUGACGGAUUGGGAUACGGAUAUAAUGGAGUUGCAGCUAAUGGAUUGGGAUACGGAUAUUCUGGAAUUGCAGCAGCCGUAGUGGGAAAUGCAAAUGCUGGUAUUGGGCCAUAUGGGGAUCUUGGGUUCCGAGGCAAUGAGACUUUCAUCCUUGCUGCCUUAGCAGUCACUGCAUUCGCCAGUCUUCAUCAUGAACCUAUCCACCAUCCGCAACCUUUCAAAUUCGGUUACAGCAUUAAGGACAAGCAUGGAGAACAGCAUCGUGAAGAAGUUGGUGACGGCAAAAAUGUAAAGGGAAGCUAUGGAUUUACUGAUGCCAGGGGAAUCCAUCGACAGGUCAACUAUGUAGCUGACCAUGCUGGAUUCAGAGCUCAAGUCAAGACCAACGAACCUGGAACCGCCAACCAGAACCCAGCAGCCGUCCACAUCAUCUCUGAUGCACCCUAUGGACAUGGAGGAUAUGCCGGAGGUGUCGAACUCGGAUACGCCGGAGUUGAAGGUGCAGGAUAUGGUUAUGGUGGUCUUGGAGCUGCCGGAUUGGGAUAUGGAUACGGUGGUGCAGCUGGUGUAGGAUAUGGAAAUGCUGGACUUGGAGGCUAUGGUGGUCUCGGAUAUGGAAAUGCUGGACUUGGAGGUUAUGGUGGUCUCGGAUAUGGAGGUUAUGGCCUCGGCAAUGGGCUCUUCGGUGGCUUAGGAUAUGCUUUUGUAUUGGCUGCUUUAGCAGUAUCAGCUUUUGCCAGUCUGUAUCAUGAGCCUAUCCACCAUCCCCAACCUUUCAAAUUCGGUUACAGCGUAAAGGACAAACACGGAGAACAACAUCGUGAAGAAGUUGGAGAUGGCAAAAAUGUCAAGGGAAGCUAUGGAUUCACCGACGCCAGAGGAAUCCACCGACAAGUCAACUACGUCGCAGACCAUGGGGGUUUCAGAGCUGAGGUCAAGACCAAUGAACCUGGAACCGCCAAUCAGAACCCAGCAGCCGUCCACAUCAUUUCCAAUGCUCCCUAUGGACAUGGAGGAUAUGCCAGUGAUGCUGGACUCGGAUACGCCGGAGUUGGAGGUGUAGGAUAUGGAUAUGCUGGUCUUGGAGCAGCUGGAUUGGGCUACGGAUAUGGUGCGUGUAUUUUACCGCGUGAAAGAGGAUUUGAUGCAACUCUCCUAUACAAUACCUUCCCGAAAAUUGUCGGUGGCAAAGCAUUCAUUUUGGCUACUUUGGCAGUGGCUGCUUUCGCCAGCUUGCAUUAUGAACCUAUCCACCAUCCCCAACCUUUCAAAUUCGGUUACAGUGUAAAGGACAAGCACGGCGAACAACAUCGUGAAGAAGUUGGUGAUGGCAAGAACGUGAAAGGAAGCUACGGAUUUACCGAUGCCAGGGGAAUCAAGCGACAGGUCAACUACGUAGCUGACCAUGGAGGUUUCAGAGCUGAGGUCAAGACCAACGAACCCGGAACCGCCAACCAGAACCCAGCUGCCGUCCACAUCAUUUCCGAUGCUCCCUAUGGACAUGGAGGAUAUGCCGGUGAUGCCGGACUCGGAUACACCGGAAUUUACGGGGCAGGAUUAGGAUAUGCCAGAAAUGCAGGAUACGGAUAUGCUGGACUUGGAGUUAAUGGAUUGGGAUAUGGGUAUGCUGGGCUUGGUGGAUAUGGAGGUUAUGGUUAUGGAGGCAAUGGAUUGCUGGGUGGUUUAGGAUAUGUUUUUGUUUUGGCUACUUUAGCAGUCUCUGCUAUGGCCAGUCUGUAUCAUGAACCCAUUCACCAUCCCCAGCCUUUCAAGUUCGGCUACAGCGUGAAGGACAAGCACGGCGAGCAACAUCGUGAAGAAGUUGGUGAUGGCAAGAACGUGAAGGGAAGUUAUGGAUUCACCGAUGCCAGAGGAAUCCGCCGACAGGUCAACUACGUAGCUGACCAUGCUGGAUUCAGAGCUGAGGUCAAGACCAACGAACCCGGAACCGCCAACCAGAAUCCCGCAGCAGUCCACAUCAUCUCCGAUGCUCCCUAUGGACAUGGAGGAUAUGCCGGUGAUGCCGGACUCGGAUAUGCCGGAGUUGGAGGAUACGGAUAUGGAGGUGUUGGAGCUGCCGGUCUUGGAUAUGGAUAUGGUGGUCUUGGAAGAGCUGGUGUAGGAUAUGGAAAUGCUGGACUUGGAGGCUAUGGUGGUCUCGGCUAUGGAGGUUAUGGCCUCAACAAUGGACUUCUUGGUGGUUUAGGAUAUGCACGAUAUGGAUUCAACUUCACAAUGAUCUCUCAGGUGUUUGUUUUGGCUGCUUUCGCAGUGGUUGCUUUUGCUAGUCUUCAUCAUGAACCCCUCCACCAUCCCCAACCCUUCAAGUUCGGAUACAGCGUAAAAGACAAGCAUGGUGAACAGCAUCGUGAAGAAGUUGGUGAUGGCAAGAACGUAAAGGGAAGCUACGGGUUCACAGAUGCCCGAGGAAUCCACCGACAGGUCAACUACGUUGCUGAUCAUGGAGGCUUCAGAGCUGAGGUCAAGACUAACGAACCCGGAACCGCCAAUCAGAACCCCGCAGCCGUCCACAUGAUCUCCAACGCCCCCUAUGGUCAUGGAGGAUAUGCCGGUAAUGCUGGACUAGGAAGUGCAGGAUAUGGAUACGCCGGUCUUGGAGUUGCUGGUCUGGGAUACGGAUAUGGUGGUCUUGGAGCAGCCGGUGUAGGAUAUGGAAAUGCUGGUCUUGGAGGAUAUGGAGGUUAUGGCCUCGGUAAUGGACUUUUUGGUGGUUUAGGUUACGCCCGAUAUGGGUUUUAG